ACAUGAAUAAACGUUGACUAACGUAAAUGAUGUCAUGCGGUAUUCAAGCACCACAUCCGGCGGCGAAACAAAUCAGUCAUUUCGCAGUUUUCUUACACAGGUCACGCGAAACCUUCUUAAGGAUAUUCCUAAAAAAAAAUGUUACGUGCGAGUUUAAUCUUCAUUUUAACAAUCGCGCAACUCAACCCGUUGGCGUAUAAUAUCGAUACACUCAAUGCCAAGGUGUACGAUGAUCCUACGCGCGUAUCUGGCGAGCGUCACAGUUACUUUGGAUUUUCGGUGGCCCUUUAUACGAGUGCGGAGGGGCCUCUGCUGCUCGUGGGAGCUCCGCGAGCGAACUCCAGCGAGUUGCCGUUUGUGACCGAACCGGGAACGGUCUUCAAGUGUGCGAUGAACGGCGUAUGCGGAGAGUGGAUGAUCGACAAGACCGGGAACGGUCCUCAUCCUCGUGAGACGCUGAUCAAUCAAAUCAAGGAUAAUGCCUGGAUCGGUGCGACCAUCGCCGUAGAAAACAAGACCGAGCCCAGAGUUGUGGUUUGCGGACCGCGAUGGAUAAACAAUAUCGUGAACGGCAACAGGCCCAAUUGGUUCAUGAACGGUAUUUGCUAUGCGACACGAGCCAUCAACGCUACUGCAUUCGAGAGAGAGGCGGAGGAGCGAUUAUUACCGCUUUCGAACCCCGAAAGUCAGAUCACGUCCAAGAACGACAUAGGCAUCUAUAACUACGGGGUGGGCCAGGUUGGCUUCUCCUUGCACGUGAACUCCCCGAGAUACAAUGUGAGCGUGGCGUUGGGCGCUCCAGGCGUAUACAAUUGGAAGGGUCAUGCGUUAUUAAUUACCGCCUCGAUAGACGAACCAUUCUCGCGUAGGAUAAUUCCCUCGGUCGCCAGGGAGCAACAGGUUCACAGCUACAAUUAUUUCGGAUACGCUGUAACAGCGGGUGCUUAUUUUAACGAGCGGGACAUUUGGUAUGCCAGCAGUGCGCCGAGAGGCGCCAAUAUGUACGGGAAGGUUCUCGUAUUCGCUUUUCCUCCUAAAACUAAUCAGCGCAUAUUUAUUAAAACGAUGGUAUAUGGUCAGCAAUACGGCGAGUUCUUUGGCGCGGCGUUAACGUCAUGCGACGUUAACAAUGAUCAUAGACACGAAUUGAUCGUCGGCGCGCCGCUAUGGUCCAGGGACAUGGACGAGGGUCUCGUCUACAUCUUUACGGGGCGACACAAUAACAAUUUCGAAGAGCUGCAGACGAUCGAGGGCAAGAACAUCGGUGGCAGAUUCGGAACUGCCGUGGCGUGUCUGGGCGACAUCGACUAUGACGGCUACGGCGAUAUCGCCGUAGGUGCGCCUUACGAGGACGAGAGUGGCGGCGCGGUGUAUAUAUUCAAUGGUAACAGGGACGGCGUCUCCCGUGAAUACAGCCAGAGACUAAUCGGCGCGCGUUUCUCGCCGAUGAUGCGAGGAUUCGGGAUCUCCAUCUCGGAACCCCGUGACAUCGACCGAGACGGCUAUCCCGACAUAGCCGUGGGUGCUUAUCUGUCCGGCGAGGUGGUCCUGCUGAGAUCCGCGCCGGUCGUCACGGUGAACGUGACACUGACGUAUCCGCCGAUCAGAUUGCUGCGUAACGCAACGUCCUUCGUCGUCGAUAUCUGGAUAUCCUACGAGGGCGCAUACGUACCCGAGUACCUGCGUAAUUUUAUAUUUUAUAAAUAUGUCAUUUAUGAAUUUAUUUAUGUAUAUUUAUUACUUAUUUAUUUUUAUUAUUAUUUAUUUUUAUUAUUACAGUUAUAUAAGAACAUUCGAAAUAUCAUAGACCCGCUCGAGAUAUCGGCGUCUGUGCAGCUGGAGGACGAUCUCGACGCGAGAAACGGAAGCUCAUCGUCUUGCGCAUCUUGCGUCGCGAUAAACAAGCCUCACUCGAAAAUCGAGGAUCUCGUGAAACUCCCGUUCGCCCUGGAUUGCGGCGAAGACAACGUAUGCGUGUCCGACCUUCGGGUCGCAUUGUCGACCGGAGAUGACAGAUACAUCAUCGGCUCCACAUCGACAAUCACACUACGCAUCGACGCUUACAAUCGGGGCGAACCGGCGUAUCAGACCAAAGUGCGCAUCUUCAUUGAAGCCCUACCGUUAGCGAGCAUCCCGCCCGAGUGUACGGAAAAUCCUCGCGAUAUCCUGGAAGUGAUCUGCGACAUCGGCAAUCCUCUGAGAAUGAAUAAAACAUUGACAUUCCAACUAGACACGAGUAUGAUGAGGUACGACGUUAGACAAGUGGAAUUGCGGGCGAAUAUCAGCACUCAGAGCGACGAGGCGAAUUGGGAUGACAAUAGUUACGCGAUCACCAUAUACUUCGACGUGGACAUUGAUAUAGCAAUCGCCGGGAAAGCACAGGAGAAUUUAUACUCGUAUUUACGCGAUGAAGAAAGCGAGGAAAAACCGCUAAAUAGUGUCAGAUUCCAGCACUUCUACGAGGUUCAGAAAUUCGGCACCAGUCCUAUCGAGGAGACCGUGUUGACCGUGAAAAUUCCGACGCACAUUCAACGGUCGCAUGAUACUGGAAACAUAGCAAUCGUCAGUAUCAACGACACUAUUGGCAGAAUGGAUGCGUAUCAAUUUUAUUGCAGUGAUUCGAAUGAAACCUACGGGCUCUCCGUCAUGUCUGAAAGAAUUGCGUCUACGGAUAACGCGAUCCUGGUGAAAAGCGCUGAAAAUGACACGCACGCGAGAUUCAGCAUCGAGGAGGAUUCGCCGAUGUACGUGCCAUCCGAGAACAGAACGUUAUAUGUCAAUUGCACAAAUAGCGCGAUCGAAUGCACGCGAAUUGAUUGCAGACUGGGACCGUUCCUGAGUUCCUUAUCCGUUGCCAAGUUUUUGGUAACACUAGAUCUGCAAUUAUCGAAUUUUCCGGCUGACCUGAUGAAGGGCAAGGAUAUCAUAUUUUAUGUGACUGAAGGUAGCGUUACGAUAACGCAACCUGAUAAUAUCGCCCAAAGAGAGAGUCAUAAACCGGAUACUGUUUUGAUUGCCACGACAUUCUUGGGCUCGCCGGUUGCUCAACGAAUAGCCGUGUGGAUAAUAGCGCUUUCAGUAAUUCUAGGGAUUGUAUUGCUAAUAUUAUUGAUUCUGGGUUUAAUAAAGAUCGGCUUCUUUAAGAGAAAGCAGAAGAUGGAACUCGAAGCCCUAAAAGCCGAGACUGACGUAUGUUUAGCAUUCUCGCAAUGUAAAUGAAACUUCUCGUAGUUCCUGAUGAUUAGACUUCGGAUUAUAUGCAAAUUGCAUAUUUGUUAUUUUUUGCAUAUUUUACGAGAGCUCUAAUAAUAUGGAGAAAUUAUAAUAUUUACAUUUAAUUAAUAUUAAUUAAUUUUUGCAUAUUUUGCAUAUUUACUCAAUCUUUGCAAAUUUUUACAAAGUUUGCAUAUUUACAUAAAUUUUGCAUAUUUUAUUGCAUAUAAUUGAAUACAACUCUAAUUUUUGCUUAAAAUAUCUAUCCAAAACGGAAAAAUUAAUGAAGUAAUAUAAAAAUGAAACCCUAGGUCACCUUACGUUUAAAAUUCAUUUUAAAUAAAAGAUAUAUAGAAUUAAGAGAAACGUUUCUAGAACGCAAUAAAAAUUGGAUUUCUACUGCUUUUCAGUAAAAAUAAAAAAUAUCGUCAAUCUCGAA